UGUACAGUCGUUCUCUUCAACACCAGGACAGAACAGCAGAGUCAUAUUAUCAAUACAUGUCGAAAAACAAUUACGUCACUAGCGUUUUCAGCAUGUGGACGAUACAUUGUGACAGGAGAAUGCGGGCAUCAACCAGCAGUUCGAGUAUGGGAUCUUCAGUCGGACCCUCAGUCUGGCCAUCCGGGUUUAGCACCACAACCUCAACAGGUUGCCGAAAUCUUAGUUCACAAAUUUGGAAUCAACUGUGUAGCAUUUUCACCGACCGGUAAAUAUGUGGUAAGCAUUGGCACCCAACAUGAUAUGAUAGUCAACGUUUGGGACUGGAAGAACAAUAUCAAAGUGGCCAGUAACAAAGUGAGCACGAAAGUUAAAGCCAUAGCGUUCGCUGAGAAUGGCAGCUACUUCGUGACGGUUGGUAAUAGACACGUCAAAUUUUGGUACCUGGAAUAUGGAAAUGCUAAAUAUAAGGAUACGGUUCCACUUAUGGGUCGAUCAGCCAUAUUGGGUGAUCAAAGGAAUAACUAUUUCUGUGAUGUAGCUUGCGGCAGAGCAGAGUCGGCCGACAGUACUUAUGUAAUUACGAGGUCGGGCCUGCUUUGCGAAUUCAACAAUAGAAGACUUUUAGAUAAAUGGGUAGAGUUAAGGACAACAAGUGCCAACUGCAUCGCUGUAGGAGAAAAAUAUAUUUUUGUAGGAUGUGCCGAAGGAAUUAUCAGAUGUUUUGACCCAUCCACUCUUAAAUUCGUAACCACUCUUCCUAGAAACCACUACUUAGGCGUCGACGUUAGCCUGGGUACUAGUAUACAACACAUGGCAGCGCCUCCUCAAGAUGCUAAAUAUCCCGACACUGUAGCUAUUACGUACGAUGAGACAAAUAAUAAGCUUACGUCUGUUUAUAACGAUCACUCCGUUUAUGUUUGGGACGUCUUCAACAUCCAAAGGGUGGGAAAAUCCUUCUCGUUUCUCUACCACUCUGCCUGCAUUUGGGGUGUUGAAAUGGCACCGCCCAAUAGCCCACUACCUCCUGGAAGUUUUCUCACCUGCAGUUCAGAUGACACCAUCAGAGUAUGGUCGCUCGAUAAAAUGAAUGAAAAUAGCUCGAAAGGAAUAUACCAGCCAAAUAUUUAUAGUAACGAAUUACUCAAAGUAGUUUAUAUAGAUAAAGAUUUAUCAUUUAUCAAAGACUUGGAUAUAUCUGGAACGACUGAAAAACAAGAAAAUACAUCUUACGAUGGAAGGAACGGUGUCAGAUGUAUCAGAAUAAGUCCUGAUGGUAAACAUUUAGCUUCAGGAGAUCGGGAAGGUAAUAUUCGGAUACACGAUGUGGCCACAUUACGAGAGACCUGCAAAAUCGAAGCUCACGACUCAGAAGUGCUUUGUCUAGAAUAUUCCGAUCCUCACCUCAAUCUAAUGACGUCUGCUAGUCGAGAUCGUCUCAUCCACAUAUUUGACAUGAAAAAUGGUUACGAGUUUCUACAGACCUUGGACGACCAUUCUUCUUCCAUCACCGCAGUACGGUUUUUACACCAAGGAGGUAACACUCAAAUGGUAUCGUGCGGAGCUGAUAAAACUCUGAUAUUCAGGUCUUUAGGUGAAUUAAAUGGAAAACCACAGUUUACCAGAUCACAUAUCGCCUCUGGCAAAACAACUCUGUACGAUAUGGAAGUGGACACGGGACAAAAACAUGUUCUUACUGCAUGCCAGGAUAGAAACGUUAGAAUGUAUAGUGUAAAUACUGGAAAGCACACGAAAAAGUUUAAGGGAAGUACAGGAGAUGAUGGAACGCUUAUUAAAGUCGUUCUGGACAGAUCCGGCAUCUACUUAGCAACGUCUUGCACCGAUAAAUCGCUCUCGGUGUACGACUACUACUCGGGAGAGUGCAUGGCCACGAUGUGCGGCCACUCCGAGUUGGCGACAGGACUGCGGUUCACUAACGACUGUCGCCGCCUCAUUUCGGCCAGCGGGGACGGUUGCAUAUUCGUGUGGCGGGUACCGCACGACAUGGUGGUGACGAUGCAUGCCAGAUUGAGUCAACAAGCGAUGCGGCAGGGCAAGCAACUCGAACAGGAGGUGUUCAGCGAUAGUAGUACUUUCGAUUUCUACGAUGGGAUUAAUAAUACUGUUGAUACUAAUUAUAGGUUUAGCAUAGGUCAGCUUCCACAAUGGGCGAAAAAACAAUUAACAGAGGAUACUAGUCAACCUUCUAGUCUGAAUAAAGGGGUGGCAGUGCCAAAGGGUAGAUGGGCGCAAAGAGCCGAAAACGCAAUGGGCGCCAAACCGUUCUACUCCAAUCAACCUUAUCCAUUCCCGUCGCAUGAAAGGCGAUUUGAUUCUGACGGUGGUUCGAAAGACAGCUCUCUGGAUAGCGGCACGGAGAUCAAAUACUCUGAAUCGAGGAGGGAAGCGACAUCGAUGUCGAAGUUGACGACACGUGUCGACAGCAGGAGAGGAAUAAUGACUGACGACAGCGCUAUAGGUGAUGUCGAAUCUGCGGCUCAUGAUGGCGAUAUCGAUUCCGAUCACGAGUAUAGGACACGGCCUAUUUACUAUCCUUCGCAGUCUGGCACUCAAAGCGGUGGAGAAUUCACCAUAACGAACAUAGAUGCAGAUGAAUUAAGGAAGUCGCAAAGGAAGAAAAAGACCCCUCAGAUACUCGUCCAACAGGCCACGUCUUUAACGUACGGCAGCAACGACUCGGACGACGAUGAAGAUGAGGCUUCGACUCCUAGCGGCGAUAAUACAGACCGAAAUCCAAUGUCGCUAUUUUCGUUGAGUUCAGAAUCUCUGGAUCAACUGGUAACUAGAGAGCGAUAUCUUCAAUCGACAUUCGAGAGUAUGUCUGGAGUAGAUAACGAACAUUCUACGCCUUCAAACAAAACGUCUAUAUCUUCCAAAUUUUUAACGAAAUCCAACGAAAGGAACAUAGAAGCCAUUAAUGCUGUGAAGCAGACCAAAAACGAUCCAGAUGCCAUGAGAAGAAGACAGGAAUUGAGCAAGAGAGUAGCCGAAACUCGAAAGAAAUUGGAAAGCGUCGGCCACAGUCCGCUGAAAUUCAGCCAGUCCAUCCACGACCUCUCACACAUCCCAGAACGAGACCGUUGGUCAAAAAAACAAGUCUAUUUGGACGAAAGCUCACCAGAUAGCAGUUUGCGUAGGUCUUGCAGCUUAAGCGACUUAAGUAUGCAAACCUCUUCUGUACCUAAGAGAAAAAUUGAACAAGUUUCAGGAAAGAAAUCUACCACCUCCAAUGGCGUAUCUAGGAACAACUCGAGGUACGUCAAAAAUAAUUCGAUAACGCGCAGCAGAUCGACCACGGUGCUGAACCAGUCCGAUUCCGAUCCGGAAACGCAAGAAAAGAAGGUUUCGAGAUUGAUGAGGCCGACCAUCAGUUCUCACAACAAGAUCAAUAACAAAUCUUUACAAAUCCGAAAGAAGCAUUCUUAUUCUGCCAGUAAUUUAAAUACAGUGGGCACGACAGACAACAUAUCAACUUCUGAUGAAGAUUCUCCUACCGCCCCUCCCAGAAGUAGAACGCUGUCUUUCGAAAACGGUCCACCUGCGAUUACUCCUAGACGACACUUGAACAACAAAGAGAAAAAUCGACCUUUAAGGCACACAAUUCACUUUGAUGACACCCUUACCAACGAAGUAUUCGAAUCUAGCGAGAGUUACUCAUCGAUGGAAAUUUCUAAUCAACUCUGCGACGAUCUGAUAGACCAACUAACCUCAACCGCUGAUAAAGUUGUCGAACUCUAUGGCAGGCUAAGCGAAGCCGAAGACCCCACUGAAUCUCAAAUCGACAGAAUGGACAGGGUCAAGAUGUCCAUGAUACGCACUUUCAAAGUCCUCCACGAUUCCAUUUUAAAGGAACUGAAGCAGAACAACGGGAACACAGACGUCAAUCAAACGGACACCGUUAAAAAACUCAACGACUUGGUGUCUAAAGGUUCCAGUGGCCCGAAUAACGUUAUUAACAUCAUGGAACAAUAUUCUGAUAUUCUGUUGGAUACGGUCCAGCAGAAGAUACACAGUGCGAAUAUGUGA